CACAAAAGGAUCCCUAGUCAAGAGAACUCUCAAAUUCCCAAACAGAUCUGAGUAUUUUGCAGUGUCCAAUCGGUGGAAUGUGAAACUUCGUCGCCUCCACCGUUUUGGCAGAAAAAAACCCAACCCUCAUAACCCGUCAAAAAUUCCACUUCAUACUUCGCCCCUCACGCCGUCGUAUCUUGGCCGUGCUCGAGGCCGUUUUCCUCGUGUCCGGUCGAUCAGGCGCCGUGCGGAGUGACCCAUUUGCGAUUUUUUCCCCAGGUUUGGUGUGUUCAUAAUGCUUCAUUGAUUAGAUAGACAACCUCAUGCAUACCAAGGGCUCUAUCAUCAUCACAAACUCAAAUAUAUCUACUUGAUGGUAUUUGAACAUACUUGUAACACACAACGAGGAAAGCCCCUCUUAUAAAGCAUCAAUUUGCGUUUUUCUGAUUCUGCAAAUAUGGUGUUUAGUGGAAUUGCAAAAACAGUUUCUGUUUUAUUGGCUCGUUUCUCAACCUCGAAGGCACCUACAGCACCUUAUGUACCAUCAGGUUUUCCACCAUUACCUGGUUCAAUCACUAGUGCAGGAAGGAAGAACAAGUUGCGCCCCACCUCGUCACUUCAAGAUUUCUCUGUAUAUCAUCACAACGAUGUAGAAUAUGAUGAUAUCAAUCCUGAAAUUGAAAGAAUUUCUACUAAAUCAAAGCAGGCUGCAUUUUUCCUAAGAGAAAACACCGGAUCAAGUUUUUCGAAGGAAAAGGGAUCUCCAAGAAACUUUUCUAAGCGGAAGAAGUUGUUGAUAUCUCUUAUGGUUCUCUGUUUUCUAUUAGUUGCUGGUGUUUUGUGUGUCUCAUUGUCUUAUUACUUCAAGUUGUCCGGAGGUCCAUCGAGGUUCUAUGUCGUUCUUGAUUGUGGUAGCACAGGGACCCGUGUUUAUGUAUACCAAGCGUCAUUUAUUGUCCAGAACAAAGAUGAAAGCCUGCCUAUUUUGUUAAAAUCAAUGCCAGAAGGUUUUCAAAGAAAAUCAAAAACUUUUAGCGGAAGGGCUUAUAACCGAAUGGAAACAGAACCUGGUCUUGACAAGUUGGUCCACAACAUGUCCGGCUUGGAUGGAGCAAUAAAACCACUAAUCCAAUGGGCAGAGAAUCAAAUCCCUCAAGAUGCUCAUAAUACUACAUCACUAUUUCUUUAUGCUACAGCUGGGGUCCGCAGAUUACCCGAUUUGGACUCUAAAUGGCUUCUUGACAAUUCUUGGUCCCUUUUAAGAAGCUCACCAUUCUUGUGCAAGAGAGAGUGGGUGAAGAUCAUCAGUGGGGAAGAUGAAGCUUUUUUUGGAUGGAUAGCUUUGAAUUAUAAUGCUGGUGUAUUAGGGACUACUAGACCGAAAAAGGAAACUUUCGGUGCACUUGAUUUGGGUGGCUCAUCACUACAGGUCACAUUUGAGAGUAGUCGAGAGAGUCCCAAUAACAAUAAUAAUAAUGAGUCAGCUGGGUUAAAUCUGAGAAUUGGCCAUCUCAAUCAUCAACUCACAGCCUACUCCUUGCCUGGGUAUGGCUUAAACGAUGCUUUUGACAAGUCAGUGUCUUAUCUUCUCAGGAAGAAGCUUCCUAAGGUAAGUGGUGCAGAUUUGUCCAGAGGAAAUGUUGAGAUCAAACAUCCUUGUUUGCAGACUGGUUACAAGGAAAAAUAUGUCUGUUUUAACUGUGUUUCUCCAUCUCAAGAAAGUGACAAUUCCCCCAGCGGCGCAAGAAGAGAAUUUAGUAAAGGAGCAAAGCACGGAGUCCCCAUUCAGCUCAUUGGAGCUCCCAAAUGGGAUGAAUGCAAUUCAAUUGCAAAUAAUGUUGUCAAUUCGUCUGAAUGGUCUUCUGAAUGGAGCCGUCCCCAUCCAAGUGGACAAUUUUACGCAAUGUCUGGUUUUUACGUGGUGUACCGUUUUUUCAACUUGACUUCGGAUGCAACCCUAGAUGUUGUUUUACAGAAGGGUAAAAAGUUUUGCAAAAAAAAUUGGGAUGUGGCCAAGAAAAGUGUUGCCCCCCAACCUUUUAUAGAACAGUACUGUUUCAGGGCACCAUAUAUUGUGUUCCUGUUGAGAGAAGGGCUGAAGGUUAAAGAUGGUAAUAUCAUUAUUGAUUCCGGAAGAACAACUUGGACACUCGGAGUUGCUCUAUUAGAAGCGGGAAAGGAAGUGUCAGAAAAGCUUGAGUUUCAGAGAUAUGAGUUAUUCCGGAUGAAGGUUAAAAGGAUUCUUCCGUUGGCUGGUUUAGUUGCUUCUUUGGCUGUUCUUUUUUGUGCAUUUUUAUGUAUUGUAAACUCGAUUCCAAAGUUCUUCCGGAAGCCGUACCUUCCCAUUUUCAGGCAUAGUAAUGCAUCAACUGCCUCUAUUAUGCCUAAUCCUUUCAGGUUCCAGCGUUGGAGUCCAAUCAGUACAGGGGAUGUGAGAGAGAAAUUACCACUCAGUCCAACAAUAGCAUCUACUCAAAGAAAUGGAUAUGGUUUCGGGGUGCACCUAGGUGAAGGCCCUUCGUUAUACUCAUCAUCUAGUGGUGUAUCACAUAGCAGUUCGUCCAGUUGUUUGGUAGGGCAAAUCCAAUUCGAUAGUGGUAUGGGCUCCUUCCGGCCCCCACACAGAAGCCAACAACGACUUCAAAGCAGAAGAUCGCAAUCUAGAGAGGACCUUCAUUCUUCAUUGGCUGAGACCAAUUUGGCAAAGGUCUGAAAUGCUCCCGUCACUAUUUCCCUCCAAAGAUAGUCUUCAUUAUGCCACGUGGCAGUAUAUACUGAUUCCACAUGUGUCACCACGAGGAAGAAAAGAUAGUUAGCUGACUUUUGUGAAGGAUUUGAAAUUUGUGAAUAGUCUUCUGAACACCCCCCUGAUGUUUACAUUGACUUAUACGUAGGUUAGUCUUUUCUCAAAAAAUGGGUUGAGAACACUUGUGGAGUUGUGGGGUUCCCUCUGGCGGGAAUAUUCCCUCCUAACAUCCCCUUGUUCCAAUUGGUAGCAAACAUCAGAUCUUGAGUUAUAAAGGUAUAUACUGCUCUUGUUAGAAGAGAGCUUCAGAUCUUAGUUUAUGGAUAGCCUUAGCUUUUUUUGGAGGGGGCGGCUCUGUGAAUUCUUUGUGCACUUUAAAUUGUUUAAUGAUUAUAAACUUCUAUGAACAGAUAGAGAUGGAUAUAAAAAUGCCACUUGUUGUGGGUUUAGCAAGA